AUGAAGGCCCCUCGCAAUGAUCAACGACGAUCCUCCGGGUUCCGGAGGAUUGUUUCACGAAGAAUUGCCGAAGUCGCUCAUUCCGGCGCUCGAGCAAUUGGGCAGGUUCUGAGGAUGUGGCAGUACAAUGCAGGCAUCGGCUCUGAACAUUUGAGCCCAGAGUUUGCUUUAAUUUGCUCGAAUCAAGAGAGAACCAGAGUAGAGAGCAUCAUGCCAGAACCGGAGCAGAGAGCAUCGAUGUCAUCAUUACCCACAGCGAGCUCCGCCCCUGUGGAUCCCUUAAGGUGUAUCGGACCAGUACGAAAGGAGCUUUUACUUUCCCCGCACAUCUUGAGCUUACUGCGUACAGGAGAAAGCCCCCAGGUGUCUUGGUGA